AGAGGGAUAAUUUCCUAGAUUGUGCUUGUCGAUUAUGGGCUACAUCGCGCCGGUGUUGGGUGUGAUGGGAAUUUUCUGAGGAAGUCUUCCGUCUAUCGUGGGAAGCCUGUUGUACGGAUAAUAACGGGAGGGAUUAAAGUUUCGUGACAAUGAUGCGUUUUCGAGGUGUGUUGUGAGCAAUCAUGGAUCUAAAGAAAGGCUCCAAAGAGGAGAUAAUCGUGCAGACAGAGUUGUUGAAAGACAAGUGCAAGGAGAGAUUGAAAACUUCUCGAAGUACUGAAGGACAAGAAUGCCGAGAAUGCAUUGGGAGGAUCCCGUAUGCCACCUUGAUAGCCACAGUGAUGUGCUGCGUUGGAGUGGGCGUUUUUUGUGGGACGACAUACAGAGGCUCAACUCUCUGCCUGAGGAUGUUUGAUGAUGUCUUCAACAUACGAUUGAACUGGCUGGAACCGUUUCAUUUGGUUUUCAUGAUUGUCGGAGUGGCGAUGGGAAUUUUGGGAUUGAUCCUGUUGCUUUGGGGCUGUCUCGCAACUGGGGAAACGAGGUACUCUGUAUAUAGAGCUGACCGGGCGAGGCUCAUUGGAGGAAGAGUGUGUGGCACUGUGUUCAUGACGCUUGUGUACUUCUUGAACAUCAUUUGGCUCUUGAUCUUCGUGUGCUUGAUCGUCUUGUCCACGGUAUUCACGUUUUUCCUGUCCAUGUGCAAAUCCGACCACACGACGCUGCCUGACCACUGCAUCGAUUUCACUCCUCUUGGUAAGUAU